CCGUAGUCCUCGGCCUUGGUAUCGCCUGGAUGUCGAUCCAGCUGCAUCUCGUUGAUCAUGUUGGAGUAUGGUUGAAUUCCGAAUCUAUGAAUAGCUUCGUUGUCUGACCGCACCCACGUAUGCUCACAGGAGUCGCUACCUGAGGGAUACCACGCAGGCUUCUUCGGCCUCAGUUUGCACAGCCAUCCGCCUUAGCCUGAUCAUCGCGCUCUCGGACGCCCAGCCGUGUUGGCUCAGGAUCGCUCGCGUGGGAGCGUUCCCGUCGCCGUCCAUGGCAGCUGAGGCCGACGUCGCUGCCAGCAGGCUUUCCCGCGGCCUGCGACGACUGGCGCAGAACACGGCAGGCCUGUGGGCGCCGCCGGCGGUGCCGAGGAGGCCCAUCGGCAGCAUUAGCCCAGUGGCGUUCGUGCGCGAGCACGUGGCCGCGUCGCAGCCGGUGGUCCUGACGGACCUGCCGCCGGGGGAGUGGCCGUGCCUGCGGCGGUGGUCCGACGAGUACCUGCUGGACCAGGUAGGCGACCUCGAGGUGUCCGUCAACCUCACACCCGGCGGCCUCGGCGACUUUGUCAAUGAGGACGGCCUCUUCGUGAAGCCGCUAGAUCCGAGGCUGGAGUUGAUACGCAGUUUUCCGCCGCCUUGUGAGCGGAUGGUCCAGGACCCCAGGAGCAGUGGACCAGAUAUCUCUGGUGCCUUACCUCUCGCGGCAGAACGACUCCCUCCGCGAGGAGCUGCCGCCGCUGCUGGGCGACGUGCCUCCCGCCGUGGCGCUCGGCGUCGAGGCCUUCGGCAACGAGCCGGAGGCCGUGAACCUGUGGGUCGGCGACAGCCGCGCCGUGUCCUCCUGCCACAUGGACCACUACGAAACCUGUACGUCGUGGUUCGAGGCGAGAAGGUCUUCACGCUGCUGCCGCCCACGGCGGCCCCGUUCCUGUGCGAGCGGCGCUGCCAGCCCGCCCACUUCGAGAGGCGGCGCGGCAGCGACGGAGGCGGCGGGUGCACCCUCGAGGCAGUGGCCGAUGCACCACCCGCGCCGCCCGUGCCCUGGGUGCCGGUGGACGUGGGGCAUCACCAGAUAUUCAAGCCUUUCCAGAGUUUGCCAACGCUGCGGCAGUCCAAGUCAGGGUCCGCCCCGGCGAAAUGUUAUAUCUGCCAGCGAUGUGGUACCAUCAAGUGGCACAGCAGGGAGUCACAGUUGCCGUCAACUACUGGCACGACAUGCAGUUCGGGCAAGCCUACAUAUCCCAUCAGUUUCUGCGCGAUGUGACCGGGCUUAACGAUCAUGAAGAGGACGAGGAGGAAGGCGACCCCACAUGAAAGAG